AUGACGUUUGGGCCAGAAGGAAUGAACCACGGCAAGGUGAGCAGGGCACACGGUCUGCCCCCGGCACAGCGCAGGGGCCGCCUAGUCCGGUGCGUGCCGAGCGCCGGCGUCGCAACGGCACCAAGCGAAAUGUUCUCUCCAGACCAGCUUCCCCGCAGCCCAACGGCCGGGAAGGCGGAGCGGCCCUUCCAGCUUUCCAUCGACGUCGCGCUCGACAUACUAGAGUACGUGGACUCGCCGGGGACGCUGUUCUCGGCCGUGCUGACGAGCCGCGUGUUCUGGUUCGCCUUCGAGUCGCGGCGGCAGCACGUGCUGAGGUGCGUACUGGAGCGGUACAUCACGCCGAGCCUGCUGCCGCUGGCCGUCGCGGCGCUCGAGGCCGACCGCGCGCGCGGCUGGGACGCCGUCGAGCCUGUCCUGCGGCGCAGCCUCGGCGCCGACCCGGACGAGGCGGCGGCGGCGGCGGCCCACACGAUUGGAGACGACGACCCGCCGCCGCCACGCAGCAGCGACCCACUCGCCUGCCUCUCGCCCUUGACUCGCGAGACUGCGGCGGCCCUGACAGGGGUCCACAGGGCCGUCGAGAAAUUCACGCUGGAGCUGGCGCGGCCCGCGCUGGCGCUGUUCCGGUCCAUUUGCACCGAGGGCGACGGCGGGGAGAAGACGGGGCGGCGGCGGCGGCGGCGGCGGCUCGAGCCCACGCGGCGCGAGGUGCAGCGCAUCCAGCGGGCCUUGUACCGCUACCAGAUCUACUGCAGCACGGCGGGGCGGGCCAGCGUCGGCGACGCGCGACGCAGCAUGGCGCUAGACGACGUGGCGGCGGCGGCGGAGGCGGCGGUUGACGCGCCCUGGACCAAGGAGCAGCGGCAUCGGGCGCAGACGCUGCUGCUGGGGCGGUGGCCGACGGUGGCCAACGAGCAGCUGGCGUGCGCCUGCGACUUUUUGGAAGCGAAGAUGCAGCAUUACUUUGAGGCCGUCGCAAAACACGAUGUCGAGUGGGGCGCCCGCAAAAUCGACUGGGUCGACCCGCACAUGGCGAUUCCACACCGUCGCUUUCUGCUCAACGGCGGGCUGGUUCCCCUCUACCGCCUGUCCAGGACAGCCGACGAGGGCGAGUGGAAGCGCAUAAUCGAGGAGAUCGACCUGCCAAUCGACUGCGAUCAGGUCCAGUUCUGCUUCCUGGAAACCCUCGAGGGUAAGCUGGCCAUGCUCAGGCAGACGUGGACGGGGACGUGGAUGCCCCGGCCGUGA